AUGGUAGCGAUUACUACAUUUCAAAACAGCAUUAAUAAUGAAGUUAUUUCUCAUCCAAAAAAGGAACCAAAACUUGGAAAUUUUAUUUAUUUGCUUUCCGGAAUGGCUGUUAUUGGUGGAUUUCUUUUUGGUUAUGAUACAGGAAUUGUUUCUGCAGCAAUGCUUUAUGUACCACAAAAUAAUGAUCUUAAACCUAUGGGGAAUUUGUGGAAAGAAGUUAUUGUUUCUAUCACACCCGGAAUGGCUGGUAUGAUUAUUUUGUCGACAAUUAUUUUUGCUGUUGGGGCUUUUGUUUGUGCAAUUGGAAUAAGUAAAUGGAUUUUGUUAAUUGGAAGAAUAUUAUUGGGGAUUGCUAUUGGAUUUGCUUCAAUGAUUGUACCAAUAUAUGUGGGUGAAUGCUCACCGGCACAUAUUAGAGGAAAACUAGUUACUGGAUUUCAAUUAAUGAUUACUUUUGGAUUACUUUCUGCCAACCUUUUUGCGGUUGGAUUUUCUUAUAUCGAUCCAGAGAAUUGGGGAUGGAGAUUAAUGUUUGGUUUUGCCGCAAUUCCCUCAAUUUUGCAAUUUAUUGGUUUCUUUUUCUUACCUGAAAGUCCACGUUGGCUUUACCAAAAUAAUUUUAAAAGUGAAUCAGAAAAAGUUCUUUCAAAAAUUUAUAAUGGAGAUCAAAAUUGGAUUAAAUAUGGUUUUUCAAAAAUUGUUUAA